AAUCUAAACACAUAUAUGAACAAUAUAUUAUGUCGCGUAGAAUUUUCCUGCGUCAAAGAAGUGAACCGACAUUGAAAAGUCCUGCGAGGGAUUUUCGUGAAAUAUUUCCUCGCUGAUUUUUCUCUAUUUUGUCGAACAAAUUAGAUAUAUCUGGAUUCGUUUUCAAGAAAUAAUGAAGGAUUAGGGACUGGCAACUCUGAAACAGGAUCAAAGGUCGCUUCAUGCGCACCCGUUUGAUAGAACUUUGGCUCAAGUUGCAUCAUCGUGUCAUUUCUUCACGUUCGAAACGAAGCAGGUCACUGUUUUCCGGGUGUCCAUUCCAUCAUCUAUAAAUAUAAAAGACGAUUGAAAGAUGUACGCCCACUUUAAUGCACUAUUGGAUCACAGCUUCAUGCAAGAGUUUCGCCAGUAGGGUCUUCACUUGGACAUCCUCUAGUUAUGUGUGCCUGAGUUUCUAACACCCAUGUGUGGUGUUGCCUAUAUGGCAGGCUUGUUGCCUUUGCCUGGCCUAUAACAAUAGAAACAGUGACUUUCUAGAGAUCCUUAAAAUUUACCAAGAACUGGUCCUUUUCCAAUCCUUGUAUAGAAAUGCUUAACAAAUAUAAGGACUGUUAGAUAACAUAAUGAUGAUAUAUAUCAAAAAACUUGAAGAGUAGAAAUGGACAAUAUGUCAUUAUGGGACAUACUUUGUAUCAUACCUACAUCUCUUUUGAACAUAAAGAAAAGUGAAUAACUCCAGAUCUACACAUAAAAUUCUAACUUUAUGACAUUUCUGAAUUUCUGAACAGCCAAAGUGUUUAAACUUUCUAUAGUGACAUUGCCAUCAUCAUCAUCAUAUGUAUUUGGUAUAGACUGUAUGAGGCAGCUGUUUGGCAUCAUGGCACUGGAUCCCACCAUGCCUAGCUCAUCCCUUCAGAGUUGGUUAGGCCAUGAGCUGGAGAUCCGGGGCAUAGAUGCCGUUGUUUAUACACGCUAUAUUCUCAGCAUUUUACAACAGGACCACGACCAGGAUUUCAUUGAAACUCACUCAUUCCCCUUUGAGAAGAAGCGAGAUUCGAAAGUCAAGACUCAUAAGAGCAAGAAACAGGAAAAACGUAAAUCGGCAGAACUGAGCUCUGAAGAAUUUCGUAAAUCAGCUGCUGUGGAGUGUUUGCUGUCUGUUACUGAUGAGGAUACUGGCAUUGAAACACUGGUAGAUGAACUGUAUAUCAAGUUGAAGGAACAUCAGAUCAAUCAAUCUUUGAGUGUAGUGAGUCCUUGUCAGGCAGAUCUCAGUGAGGGCAGUGACAGUGUACUAUCAACCUCUCCAGAUGAUCCUGCUGAAAGGUAUUAUGCUGCAUUUCCUGCCUUAAGUGAUGGUGAGAAUGGUGGGACUCCCCAGCCCCCUCUACCUCCCCCUAUCCCUCCUCUACAGCAAACUGCCCCUACUGUUUGGCGACGAACCUCUAAACAACUCUUCACUAAAUCUGGAGCUGAUCGUGAUCUAAGUCCGUAUGAUAACGUAAUUGUUGGAGACAAAUCUGCCCCUACUACUCCCAAAUCUGAUAUCUCAAGAGAUGUUAGCCCCAAAUCAGGUUCCAGUACACCUAGUAAACCAACCAAAGGAGAUAGGAAGGAUGUGAGACGAGGGGGGAAGAUGUCCACAAGGGAGAAGAGCCCAUAUACUAGUAGUUCGAAGUCUGUAUCAUCAUCCAGAGAAGUGAGCCCUAGAGUAGUCCGCAGGAGGAAGAAGAGUCAUCAGAACAGCGAUGAGUCCUAUGACUCAAGGAAGUAUUCUAGAAGGCACCACUCUGAUAGGGUCAGGAACAGGGACAGUGGAGGAGCAGGAGGUACCACAAGACAACCUCCCAAAGCCGGAAAAUCAGAGCGUGUUUACUUGGAAAGGAGUCAUUCUUCAGGUCGUCAUCCACCAUCUCGUACUAAGAGUUGGCCCCAGUGUGAACCUAGCUUCAUCCUACCAAGUACCAAGGUUCUGCCCCAUUGGGCUGAGAGUAGAGGCUCUAGGAGGCAGCCUGUACCCAGUGACAACAGUCGAACCAGGCGCAAAGUGCGUACUUCUCCAGAAUCCAGAGCUGAAAGUCCAGAGGUUGCAUAUGAAGCUCAUCAUCGUUUACGAACUGUCAAAUUUCGGUCUGUGCCAAUCAGUAGUAAAUUCUAUGACGAUGAUCACAACCCCCUGCUACUGUUGAACAGAACCUGGAGCGCAGGUGAGAGCAACCCUAGUGAAGAUGUUACAUGGUAUACCGAACCAUUUGAUGUGUUUGAAUGCAGUUCUCCCAUCCCUGGUGAAAGGUUGUACCAUAGACAGAGCAGCACAGGGGGUGACUCAGAGAAGGAUCCAUCUGAGCAUAUCACUGAGGAUAUCCUUGCGAUUAUAGAUGAUGAAGAGUCUGGGGAGUUUGACGAUUCUUUGGAACUGGGUGCAUGUGCACUAAUGCUGAACAAUGAUACAGGAUUCCUGGAUGUUGAUAGUAAAGCACAUGGAACGAAUAGUUCACGUUUGAUGAAGCUGUUUAGCAACUCAACCAGAUGUAGCAGCCCAGGUUCUGAGAGCUCUCAUUCACUACAGGAGCUCUGGGGACUAGGGUACUCUGAACCAUCAUCCCCUGUGUCGGGGCAAACUAAGUUCUAUGUGCCACUGUUGAAUCACUCCAACUUCUACCUAGGGAUUUCUCCAACAUCCGAGGACCCUAUUUCUCCUAUGACAAGCUUUCAUAGUGAACAAGAUAUGGAACCUUUCAUGCUAACUGCACCUUCCUCUAUAGAGAAGUCAUGUAGUGUGAGCAGUGAUAGCACUAUCAAGUCUUCAAGGCUCCUUAGAUUGUUCAGCAACGAAAGUGAUACAACUGAAGGCACCCCUCGUCAACUUGCCCUCAUUGAAAUAGAGCGGGAAGCUGAGGAUGAUGCGCUUUUCAAUGAUGGUGACUAUCCAACACCUACAAAAGCUAGUGGUCCCACAAGAGUAAUUGCGAAAGAACAACCUGCAAUACCACAUCUUGUACAGUUUAACAUUGAACCAGAUAACAGUAGCAGUGAUAAAGAUGUUGAUGAUGAGGAGGAUGAAGUGACGCCUAAACAAGAGAGUAAUGUCUCCACCUUGUGGAAACUCAAUAACAACACCAUUGAUGCAAGCUUGAAAUCUCCUGAGGUUCUACACACACUACAACCUGGGGAAGAUGCGGAAGCCACACCACGGGCAGUUCCCAUCAAGUUCUCCCAAUGUGCAAAUAACGUCCAAGAAAAGGAACAAACGACAUUUGAUAACCAUUUUAUUUUUCCUGGCCAAACAAAAAAGGAUCAUUUAAUGGAGAAGGCAAUUGCAGAUAUUGAACAACUAUUUGAAGAUGACGAUGAUCCAUUUUUACCCACAGGAGUUGCUGAUAUCCCAUUUCAAUCUGUAUCAAUGUCAUGCCCAUCUAGUCUUUCAAUGGCUCAGACAUUUCCCAACAAGGCACAUGUAGCAAACACAGAAAGCCUUGGAGUUCAACUUGAAACCCCUGGAAUACAACAUGAAACCCCUGGUACCCAAUUUAAAAUGAAGAAAGAAAAAAGUAGUGACUCAAUAUCAGCUGUGUGGAUAAAACCUGACAAUGUCCAGAAUAAAGAAACAGUCAUGAGCCAUAGCUGUGUCUUACUUAAAGAUCAAGCAUCUGAUACUAUUACGAUACAACCACCUGAUCACCCUGUAAUAGACCCAGAGGCUGAAUCUGACUCUGAUAUAGAUUUCUCUGUGAAAUCUCAAAGUUCAACUCCAUCUGAUGAACUGGCUCUAGACACCAGUGUUGUACCUAACAUAUCAACUGAAUUGCUAAAUCCCAGUAGUGCAACCAAACUAGCUGAUGUUCCAUUCACUGUUGCAUCCAUGGAGGCCAGCACGGAGUCUGUAAUUGAGGAGUUGCUGAAUGAAAUCAAUGAAGAUCUUCAGAAAGCUUUGAAUAUUACUUCAGAUCAGGAAGAUGUUGGAUCCGAUCAGCUUGUUAAGAUUCAUUCAGAUUGUUCCAGUGUUGGUUCUGUUGUAGAAGAGCUUUUAAAUGAGAAAGGUGAUACUGGUAGAAGUAGUGUCCCAUGUGUGAAGUCCAGAACAAGUAGUAGUAAUGCCCCCAGUAUGAAGACAUCGCAACAGGAGCUUGCUGAUAAGACAGCUAGUGAAAUGUCAUCAGAUAAAAGCUUUGAGUCUCUAGCUGCUCUGUGGGAUGAGGCUGAUGUUGAUAGAUUCGAAGAGUAUGAUAAUGUCAUAAAUGAUAGACCUGGAAAGGCUAUUCUGAUGGAUAAAUGUUUCAGUCAGUUAGCAGAAAUCUGGGGCCAGGAUUCAGAAUCCAUAUCCACUGUGUCAACUAGUGACUCACUCAUGGCUAUGGCAGCUGAGCAACGUGUGGAACAAAAUAAGGAUAAUAAACAUAGUAAGGAAAUUAUGGAUGAUCAGAAGAAUACCAUCAAUCCAAUAAAUCUUCAACAGAUGCUGUUUGAAAUCUGGAAAACUAAUGAAUAUGAUAGUCCAUUGUACCAGAGAUUCAAUGGGUUCACAACACAUGAUGGGCACACUAUUUCCUCUGCUCUCUUCCUAUGUGACCCAAUCUGGGGUAUGGACCACAAGUCAACAACAUGGCCACCUAUAUGGUCCACUUCCACCAUUCAUGCAAGCCCUUUCAACGCAAAUAGGGGUAACACUUUCUAUUCCCCAUACAGAUUCAUAGCAGGAUUUGGAAAUGAGAUUUGGGCAUAUGAAACAUCUAAAAAUCCCUAUGCAACUGAUACCCAGCAUGUUACAAUGGUUGGAAACAUUGGAGCCUCACCAUGGAAGAACAUUGUCAUUGGUCCCUCUCCUUUCAAAAGCCUCAACAGUAUGAAUGUCUCACCACUACGGAAUCUUGAAAUCAGUGCCUCCCCUUUGAAGAACCUGGGCAAAGGCUUAUACAGGCUAUGGGAUGUAAAUGCUCAGAGAAGGCUUGAUUUUGACAAUAUGACUGGAAUUACCCCGGCAUUUUUCCCAAAUAGUCCACAGGUUCUACCCAGGGAUUUCAUACAGGGAGGAGUAUAUGGAAACUUCCUUACAUUGUCCUAUGAAAAUAUAUGGGAUGUGAAUUCCUUCACUGAAACUGUUGGGACACAGUUUCUUGAUCCCCAUGAUCUUUCUUGGCCCUCUGUUCAGCUUCAUUUCCCCAAGCCCAGGGCUCUGCGAAGGAGGAGUAUCUCAUUGGAGAGUGUGGACACACAUAAUCCAUCGACCCCUAGAGCAGUUUGCAGUAAAGAUGUUGAUCCAAGUACAAAAAGUUGCAAAGAUCAAUUCCUUCAUUCUGAAAACUCUGCAUUUCACAACCAGAUCCCAGGCAAGUUAAGUCAUGUCCAUAGUGAACCUGUGAUCGUAUAUCAACACCAAGGAGAGCUGUGUUUGCUAGGAGGCCACCAGAACUAUGCAUUCACAUCCACAGCACCACCAGUCCCUUCCCAGAUUGCCCCAGCUCAGUCCCAGCCUCCUGUGAGGCCUUGCACACCUGAACAGAAUUUACAAGUGACCAAGACUGACAGUUUGUUAUUCUCCCCAGAGACUCAUUUCCGACCAAUCAAGACCCCUCCUGCAGAUAGCCCACAGACGAGAGAAGAAAGUCUCGAGUUAGAUGAUGAAUGUGAAGAUGGAUACCAAUUAUAUCAAGGAUCAGAAACAAACACAAUCAAGCGUGCGUUUAUACCAAAAUUUCGUGUGAAGGAUGAGCCUUUGAGUAAAUCCAUACAGACGAGUAAUUCUCCAAAGAAAGCUGAAUCUGGUUAUAAUCUUGAUGUUGAGGCGAAAAGACGCGCUGAACUGAUUGUGGAGAAUGCAAAUAAGGCAUUGUAUAAAAAUAUGAACAGUAGAAAAUCUAGUCAAUCUUUGGAUGAGGAACAGUGUUACGAAACAUCAGAAGAAAUUGUUCUGAGUGUAAUUCAGCCUUUAUCUGAUUCGCCUCAAAAUGUUGAAAAUCUUUACAACAAUGCGCUAAAGUUACGAAACUGGUCAGAUUCUACUACUGAUGAGCCUGGCCCAACUUGUGAUAGCAACCAACAAACAGUAUUACAAACAGUGGACACCCAGAGCCCUCUGGGGGAGUCCAUUCAUAUUGAUGACAUUAAUGGGAAAAAUUUACUCGAAAAUGUACAGCUGCAUGAUAUUUGGGAGAAUAAGUGUUUGGACUGUAGUGACCAAUCAAACGUGAAAGCAGGCAGUAAUGUAAAUAUAUGGAGACGAAUGAAUGAAUCUGGAAGUGUCUCAAAAUGGGACUCUAUAGACAAUCUUAGCUCAUCUCUGGGAGAAACUUGUACAGAAAAUCCAGCGUCGCAAAUCAGGGAACAUUCUCAACCAAAUAGUUACCAAUCCUGUAAAUUAAUGUGGAGUAUGGGGGAAAAUGAGUUCAUGAUAACAGGGGCUGGAAGCCUUGAAGCUGUUGAUACCGGGACUAGCCCAAUUCCACAGCCCGCUAGCCCUUUAACACACAUCUCUAAUCGGAAUUAUGAAAGUCCCUCUGUGAUGGUUUCUGAAGCCCCGAAACGUAAGUGGAGUCACGGUGAAGAUGAAAUUGCCACAGAUGCUCUCUUAUUGCAGCAGUCCCUGUUUACUUCUGAUGAACCCCUGAACUUGUGGAGCACUACUGAUCUGAAUGACAAUACUGAUGUGACCCUGUGGGGGAACAAACCAUCAACUUCUCCCCAUGAUCGAACAUGGAACAAACCUGCUCAAGCUUCUCUUCAUGAAGCCACCAAGUUGAAAAACACUUGGAUGAAAACCCAAGCUCAAAAUAUACCGAAAUCUAGCAGCAUGGUGAAGAAACAUUGGUCGAAUUCUCACUCUGAUAGUAACUCACAAACGGACAUUCCCACAUUGGAUAGCUAUACGUCAAUCCAUGAACCGGUAAAAAUAGUCCAAUCAGCCUGGGAGCUUGGGCAGUCUAUUGAGCAAACAAACCAAGAUACUAAAUAUCCAGCUCAUAUUCAUUCAGUUGAUGUAUGGCCAAAUACAGCCACUAGUCUACAACAGAGAUCAGCUCAAAUCCAGUUAGAUGAUGAUGUCUUUGUGGACUGUAAUGUGGACUUCAAUGCAAUGAUGUUCCCCACUGAUGGCCCUGGCCCACCCCACAACCAAGACACCUACUCUACAGAAGUUCAAACUCAACCUUACAACCAAGCCCUCUACUCUAGAGAUGCCCAAACUCAACCCCAUAACCAAGCCCUCUACUCUACAGAUGCCCAAACUCAACCCCAUAACCAAGCCCUCUACUCUACAGAUGCCCAAACUCAAGCCCACAACCAAGCCCUCUACUCUACAGAUGCCCAAACUCAAGACCACAAUCAAGCUCUCUACUCUAUGGAUGACCCUGCCCACAAUCAAGCCCUCUAUUCUACAGAUUCCCAGACUCAAGCCCACAACCAAGCCCUCUACUCUACAGAUUCCCAGACUCAAGACCACAAUCAAGCCCUCUACUCUACAGAUUCCCAGACUCAAGACCACAAUCAAGCCCUCUACUCCACUGAUUGCCCUGGUGGACUCCACAAUCAAGCCCUCUACUCUACAGAACUAGAAGAACAAUGGUUAGCUGCUGAUGAAGAAUUCCAGGUUCAGACACCGAAACGAAAAGGAGAAAGGCCAGGAAAUCCAAGAAAACCAUGCAGUUUCUUCUUAGAGGGCCAGUGUAGGAGAACUGACUGUAAGUUCACCCAUGAUCUCUCCACAAUCACCUGUAGGUUCUGGGAGGAGGGAGAGUGCUUCAAAGGCAUCACAUGUCCUUUCUUGCAUGGCUACCAUGGAGGAAACAACUGCUAUGACAAAUCGGAAGAAUUCCUGUUUGAACAUGAUGACUUUCCUGAACUUGGAUCAAAGGGAGAAAAACCUGCAGCAUCUCGUGCAGGAAAAGGCAGACAACAUAACUCAAGUAAGAAACAUGGACACUCUAUGACAGUUCGACCUGCAUACAAGAAAUUAGGACGAGGAAAAUUCAAGGCGAAGUCAAUACCAAUGGACAUCAAACACAAGAAAAAGCCAGGAUGA